CCUACCCACCGCCUUUGUAGACCAGAAAGAGCUCGCCUCCUCAUCAUCUUCCGCUGCGUCGCGCCUUCUGGAGGAGAAGAUCCGACGAAUCCAGUACUCGGAGCCUCGGUUCGCGCUUUCGGUUGGGGCAAUCUACUCUUGCAGGGUGAUUUCAUUUGCUCUCUGUCAAAAUGGUUAAUUUUGGGAAGAAAUUGACAGCUAAUCGAGUUCAAGAAUGGGAACGAUAUUAUAUCAACUACAAGUUGAUGAAGAAGAAGGUUAAGCAAUUUGCUGAACAAAUCCAAGAAGGAGGACAAGAUCGUCGCCGUGUUCUAAAAGAAUUUUCAAGAAUGCUAGAUGACCAAAUUGAAAAGACUGUUCUCUUUUUUCUGGAGCAACAAGGGAUCAUUGCACAUAGGAUUCAAGAGUUGGGAGACCAGCGCACGAUACUUCUUGAGCAGCCAGAUAUAUCUAAGUUAUCUGAACUACGAGAAGCAUACUCAGCAGUUGGACAGGAUCUUCUAAAGCUUCUCAGAUUUGUAGAUUUAAAUGCUACUGGUAUUCGUAAAAUAUUGAAGAAAUUUGAUAAACGCUUUGGUUACAAGUUUACGGACUACUAUUUAAGUACUAGAUCAAAUCAUCCAUAUUCUCAGCUGCAGCAAGUCUUCAAGCAUGUGGGAGUAGCAGCUGUUGUAGGAGCCUUGUCUCGGAAUCUUGCAGAUCUUCAAGAACGUCAAGGAAGCUAUUUAUCCAUUUAUGAUCAGCCUUCAACAGCGUUAACGGUGCAAGACCCGGUCAUUUAUCUAAUACAUGCAUCAGUAGACAAGCUAACUCGUUCAACAAAUUUCCUUCAAUAUUUGGGACAACAUGCACUUAUUGUCCACGAAGAUGUACCCAGUGCAGAGGAGGAUCAAGUUGAUGACAAAAGAUAUCAUUUUAUGUCUCUUCUAUUGAACUUGGCUAAUACCUUCCUUUAUAUGGUCAACACUUAUAUUAUUGUACCAACUGCUGAUGACUACUCAAUGAGCCUUGGAGCCGCUGCAACAGUAUGUGGAAUUAUUAUUGGGUCUAUGGCUGUUGCACAGGUUUUCUCUUCUGUUUAUUUUAGUGCAUGGUCCAAUAGGUCAUACUUCAAACCUCUUGUAUUUAGCAGCAUCGUGCUCUUCUUGGGCAAUACUCUAUAUGCAUUGGCUUAUGAUCUUGACUCCCUGCCAAUCCUUCUCAUUGGUCGUCUCUUAUGUGGGCUGGGUUCUGCGAGAGCUGUUAAUCGUCGUUACAUCAGUGAUUGUGUUCCUCUUAAAAUUCGUAUGCAAGCUUCUGCUGGUUUUGUCAGUGCCAGUGCUCUUGGGAUGGCUUGUGGUCCUGCGCUUGCUGGCUUGCUUCAAACUAAUUUCAAGAUAUAUGCCCUAACAAUUAAUCAAGAUACUUUACCUGGUUGGGUUAUGGCAUUUGCUUGGUUAGCAUACUUAAUUUGGUUGUGGAUUUCAUUCAAAGAGCCAAUUCGUGACACUGAAGUGAAACAUUCCUCUCCAGAUGUGGAUGCUGGACAUGAUGAAAAUGAAUCAUUAGAAAGUGGUCUUAUGCAACAUUUGCUGCCAAGUUCAGAGCAGAAGCAAAAUGAAGAUGGUGAUGAUGAGUGUAACGACAGUGAAGAUGCUUCAGAAGAUUCUCACAGACCUGCAACUUCAGUUGCUUCAGCCUAUAGAUUACUUACUCCAUCAGUAAAGGUCCAGUUGUUGAUAUAUUUCAUGCUCAAAUAUGCGAUGGAGAUAUUACUCUCUGAAUCAAGUGUCAUUACCAGUUACUACUUUGGAUGGUCCACAAGUUCUGUAGCAAUAUUUCUUGCAAUCCUGGGGCUUACAGUUCUUCCAGUUAAUGCCGUUAUUGGAACGUACAUAAGUAACAUGUUUGAAGACAGGCAACUUUUGUUAGUAUCUGAAAUUUUGGUGUUAUUAGGAAUUGUACUAAGCUUCCAAUUCACAAGCUCAUACACGGUGCCGCAAUAUGUUUGCUCAGCAUUGAUCACAUUUGUGGCUGCCGAAGUUCUUGAAGGUGUCAAUCUAUCCCUCCUGUCUCAAGUUAUGUCAUCCCGCUUGGCACGAGGAACUUACAAUGGUGGGCUGCUAUCAACAGAAGCAGGGACUUUGGCUCGGGUGGUUGCCGAUGGUACUAUUACGCUUGCUGGCUAUUUGGGCGAAAGCAAGCUCCUCAACAUCACCUUGUUCCCCUCUUUAUUAAUCUGCGUAGCGUCCAUUGCUGCCACCAUCCGCAACUACAAUUCUCUCUUCUGAGUAGCUGCAUCAACUAUUAUUGCCUCUUAAUCUUAUUCCUUUAUUGCUUGCAUAAGCUGUAUAGUUGGUUGACCAGCUCAAUUCAAUUUAUUCAUGUCCAUUGGAGACUAGGAGUCUUCCUUGGAUUGCCAUGUUUCAGAAAAGCCAUUAUGUUUGCAAUAAAUGUCAUGAUUUGUUAGGCGUCUGCUGUACUGCAGGAGAUGGAACUAAAGAAAAUUUCAAUCUCUCAUGUAGUUGCGAGUGCAUGUGGGGAUUUAUUCAUGUAAUUUUUUUUGUGAUGUUUAUUUGUGUAAUUUUUAUUGCCAGUUGCCUCAUGUUUUGAGUUUUUUUUUU